GCAGUGGUACCGCCGGGCGGAUACAUUGGAACAAAAGGGGGUGAUACCAUGUAUCGAUCCGGGGAGGGGCGGUUCCCACAUAUUCCCGGCGCUUUCACUUUCAGUUUGUGGGAAUCAGUCGGGAAAUAUGGGGCCGGUCUGUCUGGGGCUGUUCCUUCUUGUGCCCGGGGCGGUUUCAGUACUGGAAGUGUUCGCUCCUCCGACCCAACAGACUUUUUUGGGAUCCAAUGUGCUCCUGCCCUGCACAUUUCAGGUGGAAAACUCCCAGAUUCUGCCCAAUUUCCUUGCUGUAUUCUGGUACAUUGGGGAUAAAGAGAUUUUCAGAUAUGACAACAAGGGCAAGAGCAUCAGCCACUCGAGGGUGACGGCCGAUGAGAAGGGCUUCCCUCAGGGCAAUGCCUCCAUCACUCUCUCCAACGUGGCCAUCUCCGACCAGGGGACCUACAGGUGUCUGGUCAUCCACAGUCCCAGCAGGAAGGAGAAGGACAUCACUGUCAAGGUUCAAGCCAUUCCAGGGGUCCAUAUAAUGAAGAAAGCCCUCAUUAAGCAAGAGGAGGGGGUGCUCCAGUGUUUGGUCACUGAUUACUACCCGCCCCUCGUCACUGUGACUUGGCUGCUGAAUGGAAAGCCUUCGCCUGGGUCUGUUCUGGGAACACCCCGGGAGAAUAUGGAUGGAACGUUCCGAGUGAACAGCACUUUGACUCUCUCCCCCUCGGAGACCCAAAGUGACCUGGUUAUUGGGUGUCAGGUGCAACAUGAGUCCCAUCCUCAACCUCUGGCUGACAGUUUUAAAGUUGUAUAUGGAGUCCCUCCGUCAGUGCGAAUGUUCUCUUCCAAGGUUGAGGGGCACCUAGAGCAGAUCUUUGUGUGUGAAGCAAGUGGCUUCUCCCCAGAGCCGGUGCAGAUAAAGUGGCUUGUGGAUGGGAUGAGGGUCGAGGAACCCAAGAAAAGUGAAAGUGGGGGGUUUAUAAAGGAGUCACAUUACCGGAUCCCCUCAGGUCCUGGGAACCAACUGGCAAAGAUCACGUGUGAGGCCUAUCAUGAGACUUUGCACCAACCGGUCACUGAGACACUACAGAUUGCAAAAAGUUACAGGCACUAUUAUUGCACUGGGGCCGCCAUAUUGUUCAUUCUCUUGGUCAUCCUGUGCUUAGUCAAAAGUCUCCAGAACUUCCCAGUGAGUUCCAUACACACCUUGAUGUCGGACGAUGGAGAGAAGGUGACUCUGUACUGUGUGGCCUCCGACUGCCCAGAGGAACCCCGGGUGACAUGGACAGUGACAGAAGGCAGUGAAACAAAGAAGAAGGUGAUAAGGACCGGGACAGAGACCCGGAGAGAGAAGGGCUCGGUACCAACAAGCCUGACCCAGUCUGGAGAAAGUGAAGCACUGCUUAGUGAGGGACCAUACACCAUGAGAUCAGACAGAUUGGCGGCAGGAGGGCUGCAUGGUGUCCUCUCCACCCUGAGCUUCAAACCCGAUGCCCAGAAACACAAGAACAUUGAGUUUUCCUGCCAGUUUGUCUGUGGGGGGAAGAUCCGAGAGAGGAAAUAUUCCUUCAUAUUACGGCGGCCCAAGGCCUCAGGGCCCAUACAAAUGUCCAUCAUUGAGAAUGAAGUUGUUCUCUGCUCCGUGGCCCUGCAGGAGUUUUAUCCCAAACCAAUCCAGAUCAAGUGGAGCUGUGGGGUUGGAUGUUACCAGGACCUGGAGUCGAAAACACAGAUAAACCCAAUAAGUUCUACCCAAGCGUUUAAUGCUGAGAGUGAGUGUAAGAUCCCUGCCCAACGACUCAAGGAUCCUGGAUUCAAAGUGCGAGUGACUUGGGAACAUGAAUCCAUGACUGGCCCUGAGCAGAAGGAACUGUCUGUACGAGAUGGAGGAUUCCAAUGGCGGCCAUUCAUGGAAGAGAUAAUAACCCCUACCCUGAGACACGGCACAGAGGGCAGAUUCCAGUGUAAGAUCUGGGGGUAUUUCCCUGAUGCUCUGGAGGUGAAAUGGCUGAGGAGAGAAGCCGGGGGGCAGGAAUUAUUGUCUGUGUCUCCCAGUGAGAAAUACAAGAUCCCAGAGAUGGAGCAGAAGAGAGAAGCUGAUGGGACCUUCUCCUGCACAGCCGCCCUCAUUGUCUCUGUGUCGGGUAAAAGUGACAAUGAAACAGAAUUUAUCUGCCGGGUGGGGCACUCCAGUCUGAGGGAACCCCUAGAGAAAAGCACCGGGGCCCUCAGUGUGGGAGGGGCCCCGGUUAUAAGGAGCAUCACCCGCACAGGGGGAAAAAUAACAGCAGAAAUAGACCAGUUCUACCCACAGGGCAUUACAGUGACUUGGAGUCGGACUAAGGAAGGGAAGGAUGACAAAUAUGAAGAGUAUGAAGCCCCCCGUAUCAGUACUGAGCCCCCCACUAACAGUGACGGCACCUACAGGAUAAUCAGCUCCUGUGAUACAAAGGGGAAAGUUAAGAAAGAGAAACAUAUCAAGCUGCGAGUGGAACACGAGGCUCUGGGGACCCCCAUUGAGAGGAUCAUUCUGCAUAAAGAAGGGAAGUAUUAUGAGCAGCGCGGGGACCAGAACAUUCCUGUGCCAGAACAUAAGGAGAAGAAAACAUCAUCACAAAAGAAGAAGUAAAGUGUGCCGAGGCCGCUGUAUGGGCAGGUGGGGAGAAUCCUGGAUCAGAGAUGGAGCUGCUACUUAUUCCAUUGACAUUGAGAAGACCCCCAGGAUGGGACAUUUUACACUGCUGCGAAUACAUAUGGGGGGAAGGCCUUAUACAAGGAUAAAGCAUGUUUUUAUCCAGUGCCCCUCUGCCCAUAGUCCCACUGUUUAAUCCCCCAGUUACCCAGGAGUGGGGCAAAAUACUGAGGAACAUCUCCCAAUCUCCUGCCGGUGCUCUUCUGCCCAUAGUCCCACUCUUUAUCUCCCAGUUACCCAGGAGUGGGGCAAAAUACUGAGGAACAUCUCCCAAUCUCCUGCCGGUGCUCUUCUGCCCAUAGUCCCACUCUUUAUCUCCCAGUUACCCAGGAGGGGGGCAGAAUACUGAGGAACACCUCCCAAUCUCCUGCCGGUGCUCUUCUGCCCAUAGUCCCACUCUUUAUCUCCCAGUUACCCAGGAGGGGGGCAGAAUACUGAGGAACACCUCCCAAUCUCCUGCCGGUGCUCUUCUGCCCAUAGUCCCACUCUUUAUCUCCCAGUUACCCAGGAGUGGGGCAAAAUACUGAGGAACAUCUCCCAAUCUCCUGCCGGUGCUCUUCUGCCCAUAGUCCCACUCUUUAUCUCCCAGUUACCCAGGAGUGGGGCAGAAUACUGAGGAACACCUCCCAAUCUCCUGCCGGUGCCUUUUCUCUCCAGACUCCCAGUUUCCUUGGGAUAAAUUCAGCAAUUUCUGGAUUUGGGGAUGUGAUAGACACAGGGAAGAGGCUUCCGGCAGAGAAGGUUGGAACUAAAGUCACUAAAGGGGAUCCAACCCCCGUGGGAGAGAACUAAAGCCAUGUAAGGGUUAAUACAAAACUGCCCCGCCCCUUUUUUAUGAGUCAGUAGCCCCUUGUCUCACCCAUUUCGCUCUCUUGCUGCCACUUUGUACCUUUGUACCAUUCCCAGCCCAGUUUGGGUUACUGCCCACCCCUCCAUGUGUUGGUUCUGUAUCAAGCCAAGCCCCACCCUCUUAAAGGGGAAGGAGAGAGUCGGCUACAAGUUGGUCUCUGAGCAAAGUCAUUGGCUGAUAUCUGGGUAGGGAGGUUGCACUGCUAACCGGAGUCACCGGAGACAGAAUCUGAAAGCCUUUGCUUAAUACUCAGUGCUGUAAAGUCUAUUGGGGGUAUGUAUUAUAGGGGGCGAAGUUUGCUACAGUUCUUAUCACCUAUAGCAACCAAUCAGCAGGGGGCAUUUACUUAAGGUUGGACUGGGUCAGCGGGACACUAGGUUGAGCCCAGCCCAGAACUGAUCCCUGAUGGGUGUUCCAGGGCCCACAGGUCCCCCUCUCCCUAAGCUCAUGGGGGGGGGGCCAUCGGGGGCGUCUCCUGGAGGUGGGGGUGAUGGGCCCUGCAUCCCGCCCCGGUCUGACCCUGUAUUUACUGGUCCCCUGUUUAAUAUAUUGGUUGCUAUGGGUUACUGCUCCUGGGCAAACGUAAUGCCCUUUAUUACAUAUGGGGGUAGGUACCAGGCUGGGCAGGUUCCCUCUCUGUCAGUCCUUGGGAUUUAACCCUUUGUAUCGGAUGCACCGAAGGGACAUUCAUAUUCACUGCCACUACGUAUAUAUAUAAUAUCUUUGUAUAUCCCUUUGUAUAAUGUGUUAAACCUAUUUACUGUAUUUAUCCCUCAGCAGUAGGCGGGGGGGGGGGGGGGGGUGACACCCACAUAUAAAAGCUGGAUAAUAAAAGCCUUUGAAAAAUUAAA